AUGGCCAGCACAACUAACGUGACCAAGUUCAUCAUCACUGGGCUCUUCCAGGACGCACAAGUGCAGAGAGCGUGCUUCGUGCUCUUCCUUCCCGUGUACCUAGCCACACUGGCAGGCAAUGGCCUCAUCGUCCUAACGGUCAGUGUCAGUGACAGCCUACGUUCCCCCAUGUACUUCUUCCUAGGCUACCUGUCCCUGGUGGAGAUCUGCUACUCCUCCACUGUGGUCCCAAAAUUCAUCAUGGAUCUACUCAUCAAGAUGAAAACCAUCUCCUUCAAGGGCUGUCUGACUCAGAUCUUCUUCUUCCAUUUAUUUGGGGUAACUGAGAUCCUCCUGCUAGUGGUGAUGGCCUAUGACCGCUAUGUGGCCAUCUGCAGGCCGCUUCACUAUAUGACCAUUAUGAGUCACCAACUGUGUCACAUGCUGGUAGCUGGCUGCUGGACAGGGGGCUUUUUACACUCCUUAAUUCAGAUGCUGGUCACCAUCCCUUUGCCCUUUUGUGGUCCCAAUGUGAUUGACCACUACUUCUGUGACCUCCAGCCAUUGUUCAAGCUAGCCUGCACUGACACCUAUGUGGAAGGUGUCACUGUAUUGGCCAACAGUGGAUUAAUCUCUGUUCUCUCCCUCACCAUCUUGCUGUGCUCUUACAUCAUCAUCUUGGUCAGCUUGAGGAACCAUUCUGCAGAGGGCAGGCGCAAAGCCCUGUCCACCUGUGCCUCUCACAUCACCGUGGUCGUCUUGUUUUUUGGACCAGCCAUCUUCCUCUACAUGCGCCCCUCCUCCACCUUCACAGGGGACAAGCUGGUGGCUGUGUUCUAUACGGUCAUCACCCCCAUGUUGAACCCCAUCAUCUACACACUCAGAAAUGAAGAGGUGAAAAUCGCCAUGAGGAAGUUGUGGAGGAAAAAGAAUUCAGGGAUGGAGUGA